CUCUGCUCGACUUCCUUCGUUCAGCGCCCCGUGGUCGCUCUCAGCCCUUCCGAUUCCUUCUACUGGAGUACUGGUUCUUAUCUUCCGACAGUAGACCCACGGUCAUGCGCCUAGGACGUUGACGGUCACUGGUGCAUCCCUGGUCCCGAUCCCCAACAUCCAAAAGUCGUCGAAGAACCGAUAAAUUAUUUAGUGCAGAACUGUCGGCCAUACCCUCACGACAGUCCUCACGGCCCCACGAUAUUCUCCUUCCAACAGAAACUCAUCAUGGACGAAGGCGGCGUACAUCAGAGGAGGAAGUCGGACGCGAAGGGCGGCGACACGCCUGAGCUACAACCUGCAGAUAUGGAAGAUAUUUUGGACUCUGGCUCGGAUUACUUUUCUCCUCCAGGCUCGCCAACUACUAGACCCCGGUUGUCGCGCAGUUCCCUUUCGUACCAGGAUGACUGGGAGACAUUUCCGCCCCUUGACCAACUCACUGUUUUCGACCUUCUCGAUAACCUGUCUCUGUCCCAGAGGCUUGAAAGGCUGCAGCGCUCUCUCAAUCUGCAAAGAGAGAAGGUCAAGAAGCAGCAGGAAAAGCUACGGUCAACCUCUAAGAAUGCGCGAGACCGCGUCGUUGGCGAAUUGAAACGAAGAGUGCCCACCGCCGAUGAGCAGCUGGAGAAGUACCGUCGUCGGAUGAAGACUGGAGUUGAACGCCUGUCUCAACGUUGGAAUGCAGCAUCUGCGGUCACACUUCGUGAGAAGAUCUCGUUCAUAGCGGGUGUUCUCAACAUCUUCAUCAGUGGCUAUCUGCUUGGGUCGAACCCCGAAUACUUCUACAUCUGGUUCAGUGCGCAGCUCGCCUACUUUAUGCCCAUCCGGUUUUACAGGUAUCAUUCGAUCGGAUACCACUAUUUCCUGGCGGACCUCUGUUACUUUGUCAACGUGCUUUGCAUGCUCUCCAUCUGGGUGUUCCCACAGUACAAGAGGCUCUUUAUCAGCACUUUUUGCUUGACCUUCGGAAACAACGCAGUUGCGAUCGCCAUGUGGCGCAACUCCAUGGUUUUCCACAGCAUGGACAAAGUUGUUAGUCUCUUUAUUCACAUCAUGCCACCGGUGACCCUUCAUUGCAUUGUCCACCUAACACCUCUGGACGUUAUGAAGGAAAGGUUUCCGGCUGCCUAUGAGAUCAAAUCAAGCGAGCCGGGCUCUCCUGAACAUUUCGGGCUUCUAUCAAUGAUGCUUUGGGCGACUGUGCCGUACGUCAUCUGGCAGCUCUCUUACCACUUGUUUAUCACCGUCCGCCGUGCAGACAAGAUUGCAGCUGGUCGUCCAACAAGCUUCACGUGGCUUCGCAAGUCUUAUGCAAAGGCCUGGAUUGGUCGACUUGUCCUCAGCCUUCCGGAAACACUCCAAGCCCCUGCGUUCAUGCUGAUUCAAUAUACCUACGCGCUGUUGACCAUGAUCCCAUGCCCCAUCUGGCUCUGGUCGCGGUGGGCUAGUGGUAUUUUUAUCACAGGCUUGUUCAUCUUGAGUAUCCAUAACGGUGCAACGUACUAUAUUGACGUGUUCGGCAAGCGCUUCCAGAAAGAGCUGGAGGAGUUGAAAAAAGAUGUUGCUCGAUGGCAGUCUAGCCCCGAGGGAGCAAUAACCCCGAUAACCCCCGGUACCACCGCUCACGCUGAGGAGAAGCAGUUGAACGCGAGGUCUUCCCGGAGCAACUCUGAUAAUGCCAGUAUUGAGAAAAUCCCUCUCCUUGAUUCCAAUGGGGUUUCAACUGCAAUUGAGGGCGGCACAAAAUAAACGUUCUUUUGGGCGAGCAACCGCGCGGAGAGUGGACUGGUCUCUCCACCUGCAACCAAUUGAUAACCAAACUGAACAGUCUUCUGUCUUCUAGACGGAGAGAGUCCUCCAACCACUGCGAACUGCUGCUGACUAUCAUAGCAGUACUAUUUUAUUAAUACCUUGUUUCUUUUUGGAGUAUAGUUGGAAUUGUUCUCGCAUUUAAAUGAUCACCA